CUCGGUAACCCGCUGCAUCUCAUAAGCACCAGUAUGUUGACCAUUGGUUCCGCAUCUUUGAGGGCAGCAUUGAUUUACACACGUUCCCGUGUCAUUCAAAUAUCACUGAGUUCAAGAAUUGCAGCCAUGUCUACCAUUUCAGACGCUAUCACCAAGGACCACCGUGAGUUGGAGGCUUACUACAAGGAAGUGAUCAAUUCGAGCGACCAUGACCACCAGGAACGCUACGGCAAUCAGUUCACUUGGGAGCUCGCUCGUCACUCCGUCGGAGAGGAACUCAUAGUGUACCCGGCAUUUGAGAAGUACAUGGGAGGGAAAGGCCAUGCAAUGGCGGAAAAGGACCGGAUAGAACAUCAUCGAGUCAAGGAGAUGCUCAAGGAAUUCCAGAACAUGCAGCCGAAUGAUCCCAACUAUGUCCCGAAGUUGAAGGAGCUGUGGGGGAACCUAGAGCAGCACAUGAAUGAGGAGGAGACGGACGACCUCCCUGCUCUGGAGCAAGCUCUUCAGAAGGCUAAAGGUGAAUCGGAGUCCAUGGCCAAGACCUUCGGCUUCACCAAGAUGCUAGUCCCCUCUCGAAGCCACCCGAGCGCUGGCGAACACCCACCAUUUGAGACUGUUAUGGGCCUCCUCACCGCUCCAAUCGACCAUAUCGCCGACAUAUUCAGGAAGUUUCCUGAUAAGACCAUUUCACCCAAUCCAUCCACCAAGUGAAACAUCACAGUGUGGACAGGAGGUGUUGUAUUCUAGCUCUUCAUCACUGGCAGUGCAGCACCAACAUGCACCAUCUGUAGUAUCAGUCGUAGUAUUGUCAAUGACAUGGCAAUCUGUAUAAUUGUAUAUCAUCCUAGCAGAAUCCUUGAUGGCCGCGAAGUGGUGGUUAGUAAAGAGUGAUUUUGAGCAUGGUUGUACUAAACGUUGGUGUGCGUGGAC